AUGGUCCUGGAGGCCGUAAGUGGUCACAUAGCGACUGUUUUUGGUGCAACUGGCUUCCUUGGUCGCUACCUUGUUAGUAAGCUAGCCAAACAUGGAACUCAAGUUGUGAUUCCCUAUAGAGAUGAAGAUGCCAAAAGAUUCCUUAAAGUUACUGGAGAUUUAGGACAGAUAGUAUCAUUGGAGUUUGAUGCAAGAAAUGAACAGAAUAUCAUUGAAGCGGUCCGACACUCUGACAUUGUGUAUAACCUCAUCGGAAGAGCUUACGAAACAAAGAAUUUCAAAUAUUCUCAAGUACAUGUAGACGUAGCAGGUCGUAUUGCAGCAAUUUGUCGCGAACAAGGUGUUUCGCGACUUGUUCAUGUGUCGGCCCUUAAUGCCGAUGUUAAUUCACCUUCAGAAUUUUUGAAAACCAAGGCAUUAGGUGAGAAAGUGGUAAAGGCGGCAUUUCCAGACGUUACUAUUGUGCGACCGGGAUGGUUGUAUGGAAUUGACGACAAGUUCUUGAAUAGGAUGGGGAUGACAGAAGGAUAUCAAUUCUUAAUCAAUCGCGGCCAAACCCGCGUGCGACCCGUUCACGUUGAAGAUGUUGCGCGAGCUCUUGAAAAGAUGGAAGGUGAUGAAUCUACAGUUGGCCAGACAUACGAGUUAUUUGGCUCACAGGAAUAUACAUUCGGGGAAGUUCACGAUAUCGUGGAUUCUUUGAUUAAACGUCGGACAGUCAGAAUCAAUGUUCCCACACGCAUUGCUCUGAGAUUUACUAAAUUAUUAAGCCUUCUUCCAUGGCCAUAUAUCUCUCCCGACGAGAUCAUAAGAAUGGGAAUCAGUGAUCAGAUCAGUCCUGGUGCAAAGACUUUUGAGGAUUUAGGAAUCGCACCAAAAGAUUUAGAAGCAUCGGCUUUAACCGUCGUGAGAAGGUACCGGCAAAAUAGCUGGUUUGAUGCUCCACCACCAGAUCCACGAGUUGGCAAAUUCAAGACGGAUCAUAUAGUUUAUUAA